UUUGCCUGCGUGUCCCUAUUUAUUUUUUUUUUAUUUUAUUUUUUUUUUAUUUAUUUUUUUUUCAGACUCGAAUGCAAAGCAAAGUCGGCUUUAAAGCUUCUGGUGGAUUUGGAAACAUUUACAAAGGAAUACCUGCAGUUGCAUUAGGUUCUGCUCCAGGUUCUGCACUCUUUUUUAUUUCUUAUUCAAGUUGCAAAGAAUUGUUGAAUACAAAAAUGGCCAUUAAACCAACUCCAUUAACCGACGCAUUGAGCGCUAGUAUUGGAGAAAUUUUUGCUUGUGUAGCCAGAGUUCCAACUGAAAUAAUUAAACAACGAGCACAAACAAAUCCUCAAAAAAGGCCUUUACAAAUAUUUGGUGAAUUAAUAAAAGAAGGAGAAGGAAGGAGAAAAAAAUUUAAAUUUUUGGCAGUUUAUAAAGGGUAUUUUAGCACUUUAUUUCGUGAAAUUCCUUUUUCAUUCAUUGAAUUUCCACUUUGGGAAUUUUUAAAACAAAAAAGAAGAAAACUGACAAAUAAAGAAUGCACUCCUUUAGAAUCAGCUACUUGUGGGAGUUUUGCAGGCCUUAUAGCGGCAGGAAUUACAACUCCAUUAGAUGUUCUCAAAACCCGUGUAAUGCUUGAUAGAGGCUCACAAAACCGUCAACUUUUGCCUCUUGCUGUUGAAAUAUUUAAAAAGGAAGGAAUUGUGGGUUUAUAUUUUUUAAAAUCAAAUUUAAUAAAUUCUGAAAAUUUUCUGGAAUUUUUAAAAAAUAUUCUAAAAUUUAAUUUAAACCUUCUCGGAAACAUUUCUGAUGUUUUCCGGAAAAAAUCUAAACUUUCCGGUUGAUGUUUUUGUUGUUUCCGAAAUUUAUUUUCCGAAGUCUUGUCUUCCGGAAAUCAUCAUUUAAACUUUCCGGAAAUUUUCCUGGGAUAUUUAAUUUUCCGGAAACAUUUCUGAUUUUUCCGGAAAAUUUAAACUUUUCUGGAUUUUUUUUUCCUUAUUUUCUCCUUCUCUCUCUCUUCUUCUUCUUUUCUCACUCAUUACCUUCCCCAAUAUUUUUCAGUUUCGUCUAUAUUCUGGUGUAUUACCUCGUUCACUUUGGAUGGGUAUAGGUGGCUUUAUAUUUUUCUUUUCUUAUGAAUUUUCGCUUAAAGCAACACAAAGGAUUUU